CGCUCAGCUCCCCGGGCCUCGGCCGGCGCCGCCGGGUCCCUGCGCCCGCCCGCCCGCCGCCGCCAUGGCCUCCGGGGCCUCGGCCGCCGAGUGCCUGCAGGAGUGGCAGGAGCUGCAGGACGGCUACCAGCGCAUCCAGGUUAGCCACAAGCUGUACAAGCAGAAGCUGGAGGAGCUCACCAAGCUGCAGGACGGGAUCUCCAGCUCCAUCGCCCGGCAGAAGAAGCGGCUCAAGGAGCUGUCACUGGCCCUCAAAAAAUGCAAAGCUCACGUGAGCCCUGAGCAGCAGGAGUCCAUCCAAGAGACCCAGAGCCUCAUCAAAGAGAGGCAGAACGUUUUCUUUGAGAUGGAGGCCUAUCUGCCAAAGAAGAAUGGGUUGUACCUGAGUCUGGUGCUCGGGAACGUGAACGUGACGCUGCUCAGCAAACAGGCCAAGUUUGCCUAUAAAGAUGAGUAUGAGAAGUUCAAGCUCUACCUCACCAUCAUCCUCCUCAUCGUGUCCUUCUCCUGUCGGUUCCUCCUCAACUUCAGGGUGACAGAUGCUGUCUUUAACUUCCUCCUGGUGUGGUACUACUGCACCCUCACCAUCCGGGAGAGCAUCUUGAUCAACAACGGAUCCAAAAUCAAAGGCUGGUGGGUUUUCCAUCACUAUGUCUCCACCUUCCUCUCAGGUGUCAUGCUGACGUGGCCAGAUGGGCUCAUGUACCAGAUGUUCAGGAACCAGUUCCUUUCCUUCUCCAUGUACCAGAGCUUUGUGCAGUUCCUGCAGUACUACUACCAGAGCGGGUGCCUGUACCGGCUGCGGGCGCUGGGCGAGAGGCACAACAUGGACCUGACCGUGGAGGGCUUCCAGUCCUGGAUGUGGAGAGGCCUCACCUUUCUGCUUCCCUUCCUGUUCUUUGGGCAGUUCUGGCAGCUCUACAACGCCAUCACCCUCUUCCGCAUGAUCCAGCACCCGGAGUGCAAAGAGUGGCAGGUUCCCAUGUGUGGCCUCCCCUUCUCCAUCCUCUUCCUGGGGAACUUCUUCACCACCCUCCGCGUCGUCCACCAGAAGGUUCAGAACAAGAACAAAGACACAAAGCAGGACUGAGGGGGAAGGGCAGCGUGUGGGGGCCAGGCCUGGCUCUGCCCCCUCUGCCCAGCUCCACUGGCCCUUCCCAGCUCCUCCAUGCCAUCCAGACUCCGGUGUCUUGCCCUGCUUGGAGGCCCUGCUGUGGCUCCCAGCCUGGGGCGUGUGUGCAGCGUGGUGCUGGAGCCGGGUGUGAGCUGCUCUGCGCCCCCUCUCCCUGCUCCUCUUCCCUCCUCCCCUUCCCUGGGCUGUUUUCUGGGGUCAGGGCCAGCUCUGCAGCAGCUCCCAGGGGCCAAGGCAGGCUCCAGGGCUGCUGCUGCCUCUCACACAGCUCCUGGGGUGGUUGAGGUUCUCCCCUUCCCUCCCCAGCCCCGCAGCUGGGGCAGCCCCUGUGUGUGGGAGGCAGAAGCCAAGAGGCCCUGACAUCUCAGGGGCUGCAGGCAGUUGCUUCCCUGGCUGCCCCAGCAGCCCUCCUGCCUUCAGGGGCAGCAGAGUGCAGCUUCCAGGGGGCUGUGUGCCCCUUCCCCCUCUGCCAGGGGGGCUGAGCAGGGCUGGAGCUGUGCACACAGGCCCCUGCUCCAGCACCACUGGAGGAUGCACGUGGAGAAACGAAGGGAAGGUGCUGCCUGGGGUCACCCAGGGGGCUCACAACAGCCUGAUCUCUGCUCUGACUGGGCACUGGGCCCCUGACAAGGGGCUGGGAGAGGGAAGAAAAGCCAUCUUCCCGUGUCCCUGCAGGAGGGGGGGCAAGAAGCCCAGUACCACCCCUGGUGCUGGGAACCAAGGAGCAGGUUGAGCACAGCUCUGCCUCAGGCCCGAGCCCUCUGCCCCCUGCUGCCAUCCUCACAGCCUCAGCUCCCAAACCUGGGCCCCCAGCUUUCCUCCUGGGGAGCAGCCCAUUGCUCCUCCUGCCUCUCUCUUCCCUCUGUAGGAAAGAAACUACAGAAACAGUAUUUUUAUUCCAAGGGCAAAUGUACUUAAAUAAUUUACAGUCAUUGGCCAGCUGAGACUUUGGGGUUGGGGUUGUUUUUCCCAUGAUUAAAUCACAAAGAUGUUCAAAUAAAAA